AGAGCGAUGAUAUCGUCAAAAUUGUGUUAACACUUAAACAUUAAAAACAACCUGAGUUCAGGACUGAAUUUUAAAACUAUUUACUUAACUUAAAAAAAACAUUCCGUAAUUAAGGGGCAGCAAUAAUUAAUAAAAAUGGAAGAUAUGGCACGUUUAGCAGUUGUAGAGCAAAGUGUUAAAGAUGUCAAUAAAUUUCGAAAAAUCUUAUACGAACUACUUCAAAAUAUUAAUCAUAUUUUAGAUGAUCCUUAUAACAGUAGGCAUAUACAAUCAGAAGUAGAAAAUAUUCGUGUCAUUGAAGAGUUAUACGAUUAUCUUUUAUAUAUUGGUUUCCGAUGGGAACAAAAUAAAUUUAUCUACCCUAUAGAUAAAGCCAUUGAUAAACUGAGGAUAGCUAAGUCAGCAAUUGAAAGAAAACUGAGUUUGUGUACUGACUCAAAAACUUUAUCAAAAAUUGAAAAAGUUCCUAUAAAAAAAUAUAAAUUGACACCUAUUAAUGUUCUGAUGACAACCAAUAAUCUAUUACUAACAAUACAGAUAUUAUUCAAUAGGGUUUUGGACUAUGAGGAUGAAGAAUUACAACAAGCUGCAAGGAAUGAGAUACCAAUGAUUACAUUAAAAUUAAGAGCAUUGAAAAGAAUGAGAGAAGUUCAGAAAAAAAUUAAGACAGGUGAUACCAAAGAAGAAGAUUUAUCAUAUGACAUCGCUUUGUUAAUGGAGCUAAUGGGAUGGUUCAAACACAAAUACUUUUCAUGGGUCGAUGCACCACAAUGUGAGACAUGUGGAGGACCUACAAAAUUUUAUCACAGCACUACUUUGAGAACUGCGACAGAGACAUGCAAUGCUGAGGUUUACAGUUGCGCGCAUUGUGGAAAUUAUACAAAAUUUCCGCGAUAUAAUGAUAUACGCGCGUUAAUGCGUACGCGCCGCGGUAGGUGCGGCGAAUGGGCGAAUUGUUUUGCUAUGUUUUGCCGAGCACUUGGUUAUGACACACGCUAUAUCUAUGAUUCUACUGAUCACGUCUGGUGUGAGGUAUAUGAUUUUGUUUCAAACAACUGGUUGCAUGUUGAUCCUUGCGAGGGCGCAUUGGACACUCCGCUGAUGUAUGACCAUGGGUGGGGCAAAAAGCUCACUUAUGUUAUAGCCGUUUCCUGUAACGAUGUCCAGGACGUCACUUGGCGUUAUACAACUAAACAUAAGGAGGUUCUUUUGCGUCGAAAUCAAUGCACAGAACAAGAAUUAAUAUCAACGUUGCUUACUCUACGUGAACAUAGACUAGCUCAGGUUUCACCUGCAAGGCGGAAGUGGCUAACCGCUCGUACUAUACAUGAACUUGCACAGAUGAUGUUGGAGAGAAAACCAAGUGAUUACGAAUCCCGAGGACGAAUAUCCGGCUCUAAAGAAUGGAAAACCCAACGCGGUGAAAUAGGUUCCCAAUUUGGGCAUGGCUUUGAAUUUGACGAGCCAGGGGAAGUCAGUAUACAAUAUUACUGUAGCCCGGAUAAGUACCAGAUUAGUAGGUCUGGAAAAGAGCUAACAACGUUAGAUGGAUGGGCCUCAGGGGUGUAUGAAGGAGAACAUGUUUUCAGAAAUGUGGAAAAAGAUUGGCGGCAAGUGUAUAUAGCGAGAGAAGAAGGAGAAAUGUCUGGAACGGUAUCUUGGAAAUUAUCCGUUAAAGAUGGUUUAAUAUUUACGUCACUUACUGUCCGAGUCAUUUCCGCUAUUUUCGAAAAUGGCAACAUCGAAUGGCAGGUGCAAUUUGAUGACAACAAUCCAACCGUUGUUGAUUUCAAUGAAACAACUUCAAAAUUGAGCAACCAAUUUAAAAAGGUUAUAAUAACAGCACACCUUAGUGGCGGACAAGGGGAUGUAUCCUGGCAACAUUCACAACUCUUCAGACAAUCACUGGACUCAAAAUCUCCUACCUUUGAAGUAAAUGCAAACAUAGAAUCAAAUUGAAAUUAAACAAUUCUGCUGCAGAACAUAUAAUUUUUUUUGUAUAAUAAUCAAUAUGUUGCUUAAUAGUAAGGUAGAUAAAAUUUAGCUCCAUACCAUGUUUACAUAUUUUAAUAAGAAGAAUUUACGUUGUGAAAACAAUA